AUGGUGUCGCGAACACCAAAGAGCUGCAGAUCUACAGGCCACUAUGGACUGCAGACAGAUGGUGCUGACAAAGUACCGAAGACAGACAGUGACUUGGCUUGGGACUGGCUAGAUACUAUCACCACAUCUUGGUUACACAAGCAUGUUACCGACAACGCCAGCGACGAUAGAAGGCCGACUAUAGCUGUUAUAGACACUGGUUUUAAUAGCCAAGCACGUUUUGUUGAUCGCAAAUUGAAGCGUCGGCUAGGUGUGCUUUCUGGAUCGAACACACAGAACCGUACUUGGAAGGAUUUUUGGCAAUCAAGCGUCUGCCCACAGGACGAAGACGGACAUAGUACAGCAAUGCUAUCAAUCAUUCAUCGAAUUGCGCCAUUUGCGAACAUCUGUGUUGCACGUAUAGCAGCCGGAGACCAGGACAUGAAGAAUGAUCCCGGAGGGACCAGCAACAAUCUUGCCAAGGCUAUCACAUGGGCUAUCGAGGAGCGAAAGGCCAACAUUAUCUCCCUAUCUCUGGGAUGGGAGCAAGAGCAAUAUGUCGCUGAGAAUCGCAUAGUCAGCAACGCCAUUAGCAACGCCCUCUCGCAUCGAAACCAGAACCUCUUGAUAUUUGCCGCAGCUUCCAAUCUAGGUGGGAGCAAGCUUGAGCUGUUCCCAGCAAAUCAUCCGUCGGUAAUCUUAAUACGAGGUACUAACAAUAAAGGGAAGCACGAAGACUUCAAUCCUUCCCUUCCAGAUGACCCUCACAAGCGGAACGACGAUGUUUUCGGUACGCUAGGUGUCCAGGUUCCAACUGCGAACCAGCGAUCUCACUUGCAACAGUUCAGUCCUAGAAAUGGAACGUCUGUUGCAACCGCUAUUGCGGCUGGAAUUGCAGGUAUUGUAGUUGGAUAUAUUAACAUACAUGACACGAAGGGAGCGUGGGAAAAUGUUAGGACGCAUGAUCAUUUCCGAACACUUCUAUACAAGCUUUCGACUAAGCCAGAGGUGCGGAAACGUUUUAUUACAUUGGAUCGUUAUUCGCGAGAAGAGGAUCAGACAAAGUUUGAGGCUGCUUUGAGUAUUGCUUCGAACUCAAAGGUGAGGAGAUGA